GAGGCAGAUGAGGGAGCCUCACCAAGGACAGCGGCUGGGGAAAAGGCAGGCAGCAGGUCUUCCCCUCUCUGCCCCCAUGGACUGGCGCAGCAGGGAAAGCCUCUGGUUCCCCAGGACUUGAUGACGAUGUGGUGACGAGCUCAUGUAUCUAGCAACAGCUGCCUGAGAGCUGCGAUGCUUUUCUUGCAUGGAGAGCUCUGUGUGCUGCCAACGGGAUCUCGGGCUGCUUCCUGCUGAUGAAGUGACUUGUCUACGGAGGAAGACGACCAGAUCACCCGCUUACAGGACAUCAAAGACCAGGGCUCAGGCACUGAUGCCAUCCCCAGCCACGUGAGCUACCUGUGAUGGGUGCCCACCUCAGAGCCCUAGUUCAGAGCUCUCCCACAACACUGCCGGAGCUGUAGGGGAUACCACUGCAUGAACGUGCUCCAUCCAGCAGGUUUCUGUGGGCCACCGGGUCUCUGACACUGACAGGCACAGCAGGGUAGCCCAUGGUUGUUGCCUGGGACAGGGGCUACCUCUUCUCUGUGCAGGGCUGUGCUGGAGCUGCUGUGAGUGCUGCUGCCUGGCACAGGCAGCAGGAGGUCACUGGCAGGAAUUUGGGUGGCUGCUGCUUUGUGGCUGAAGGUGGAGUUAGGCCAAGGACGGGAUGGAGAUGGUGUGGCUGUGCACGGUGCUGAUCCUGAUGCAGGAUGUCCUUGCUGUGACUUGGCUGCACCUGGCCAAGCAGACGUCCCUGCGGGGGGCCCUCAGGGACCCUGGUGUCUGUGCAGGUCUGACGGGGCUGGUGGAAGAGCAGGUGCGAGUUUGCCGUCGGCAGGUGGAAGCCAUGGAGGCGGUGAAGCGAGGAGCGGAGCUGGCUGUAGAGGAGUGCCAGUACCAGUUUCACUCUCGCCGGUGGAACUGCUCCACCCUGCAGGAGCUGCAAGUCUUCGGCAAAGUCGCCAUCCAAGGCACACGUGAAUCUGCCUUCAUCCAUGCCAUCUCCUCUGCGGGUGUUGCCUUUGCCGUGACUCGUGCCUGCAGCCGUGGGGAGCUGGAGAAGUGUGGCUGCGACCGCAAAAUCCGAGGAGUCAGCCCUGAAGGUUUCCAGUGGUCAGGCUGCUCUGAUAACCUGUCAUAUGGGAUUGCCUUUUCUCAAGCCUUUGUAGACAAUCCCGAGAGGAGCCGUGGCAUCUCUUCCAGCCGAGCUCUCAUGAACCUGCACAAUAACAAGGCAGGGAGGAAGGCACUCCUGGCUCACAUGAAGGUGGAGUGCAAGUGCCACGGUGUGUCAGGCUCCUGCGAGGUGCGUACAUGCUGGAGGGUCAUGCCCCCCUUCCGCAAGGUGGGCAACGUACUGAAGGAGAAGUUUGAGGGGGCGACUGAGGUUCACCCACAGCGGGUCGGUUCCCGCAAGCUGCUGGUGCCCAAGAGCUCUCGCUUCAAGCCCUACACAGCUCACGACCUGGUCUACCUCUUGGCCAGCCCAGACUUCUGUGACCGGGACCCCCGGCAUGGGGUCUUCGGUACCUCUGGCCGCCAGUGCAACCGGACAUCUCCGGCCAUGGAUGGCUGUGAGCUCCUGUGCUGCGGCAGGGGCUUCCACACCACGCAGGCCGAGGUGGUGGAGCGGUGCAGCUGCAAGUUUCGGUGGUGCUGCUCUGUCAAGUGCAAGCAGUGCCGCCACCGGGUGGAGGUGCACAGCUGCCACUGAGGGGGCACUGGGGGUGGUCGGGGAAUGAGCAGAAGACAGCCCAGGGAGAGGCCCACAGGGUGGGGGGGGAGCAGGGUGGGUGUGGGGGAAACCUGUCUGGCUCUUUCUCCCCAGUCUCAUCAGGAUUUUUGCAGUUUAAACUUGUUUUCCAGACAGAGGGUUGGAGGACAUAGGCCCCAGAAACCCUUAAACAUUAGAAAUAAAGCAGCUGCAAUAGAAAGCAGAGUGUCUACUUUAACUCCUUCCUCAUGUGCCGUGUUUAGACCUGGAGGUACCUGGCUCUGCUCCUUCCCCUGCACUGGGAGGGGACGAGGCUGGGGUGGAGGCCU